CCCCGCAGCAUGGAGAGCCCGGCCGGGGGAGCGCCUGCGCCCCGCGCGCUGCCUUACUACGUGGCCCUCUCCCAGCUGCUGGGCCUGACCGCGGUGGCCACGACGGGCGCUUGGCUGGGUCUGUACCGAGGCGGCAUCGCCUGGGAGAGCGCCCUGCAGUUCAACGUGCAUCCGCUCUGCAUGGUCAUCGGCCUGAUCUUCCUGCAGGGGGACGCACUGCUGGUUUACCGCGUCUUCAGGAACGAGACCAAACGCACCUCCAAAGUCCUGCACGGGGCGCUGCACGUCCUGGCGCUCGUCCUCGCGCUGGUGGGCCUGGUGGCGGUGUUCGACUACCACGGGAGGCAGCGCUACGCCGACCUGUACAGCCUGCACAGCUGGUGCGGCCUCCUCGUCUGCGGCCUCUACUUCGCGCAGUGGCUCCUGGGCUUCGGCUUCUUCCUGUUCCCCGGAGCUUCGUUCUCCCUGCGGAGCCGCUACCGCCCGCAGCACGUCUUCUGCGGCGCCGCCAUCUUCCUGCUCGCGGUGGGCACCGCCCUGCUGGGCCUGCAGGAGGCGCUGCUCUUCAAGCUCGGGGCCAAGUACCGCGCGCUGGAGCCCGAGGGCGUCCUGGGCGGCGCGCUGGGCCUGCUGCUGGCCGGCUUCGGCGCCGCCGUGCUCUACAUCCUGACCCGCGCCGGCUGGCGGCGGCCGCCCCGCGAGGAGGAGCAGGCGCUGUCCAUGGACUUCAAGACGCUGACGGAGGGCGGCGGCCCCGGCUCCCAGUGA